UUUUGAGACUACUUUUUUUUUGCAAAUUUUCUCCCUAUAUACUUUUAAAUCGAGAUUUUUAUACUUUUUAUUGGCAUUUUGUCGAUCGGAGCCCUGCUCUAUUGUUAUUUUUAUUUUAGAAUUUAUUCAAAAAUUUUUUAAAAAUUUUUUGAGGACUUUUUAAAUUUAUUUUUUUUUGUCCGCAAAAAAUUUUGGGGACAUUUUUGAAAUUUUUGUCCGCAAAUUUGCGUAUUUUUUUGUCCGCAGAAAACUUGCGGACACUUUUGAAUUCUAUUUUGUCCGCUAAAAAUUUGCGGACACUUUUCGAAUUUUUUGUCCGCAAAAAAAAUUUGCGGAUAGACUACUUAUUAAUCUGCUUAUUUUUUUUUACAGAUAUGCCUUCAUUAUUUAAUUAUUUGUUAAUAAAAAUCAGAAGACAACAACAACAACAUUCCUCAUUAUUUUUAAUUUUUAUUUAUUUAAUUAUUUUUUGUUCUACCCCAUUAAAAUCUCAAAAUAUUACCUUCAACAACAAUACUGGUUUAAUUGAAAGUGAAGAUGAUUGUUUAUCUCCUAUAAAAAUUGGUCUUCUUUUGCCUGAACAAUACAGACAGAGAAUUGACCCUUGGCUGUCACUUUCUUUAAAGCAUUUACAUCAGAUUUUGAAAAAUUCACCGUUGGCUUUGGCCUCUCAUUGUUUACAAUUGGCGCCAAAAGACACUGCUUGUAAAACUUCUUUGGGUAUGAAAGCCCUUUUUGAUUUAAUGGGUCCACAAGAAUCUGGAGGAAAAGUGGUUGCGCUAUUUGGGGAUAUUUGCACUGAUGUUAAUGAACCUGUGGCAAUGGCAGCAAAGUAA